UAUGCAUAUGACCGCCGCUGGCCAAUCACGGUCGACUGGUGACGACUAAAAAACUGAAAACAAAUCUAUGAUCACAGAAUGUAUCGUUUGUGCUGCCUUGCAACUGUGAAAUCGUAACAUACGUAUUAUUUUCUAUAUAUUUAAUAUUCUUCAAAUCAGUGUAAUUUUUUGACCUCUACUUAAUUCAGCGUUUGAUUCAGCUGCGCGAAACUAAUAACGUGAACGUCGCAGGCUCGCACAGACGGUCGCAAAAUAACCGUUAAUUCUCUGACAUUACCGUUACUCCGGCAACUAAUUACGAUGUUUGAGGAGCGUUAACGUUAACCGUCCUUUCAGAUAUUCUGUCAGUUGUGUUAAUGACACCUGACAUCCAGCUCCACUAGGGCUAUGGGUGCCCUAGUGUGCUAGGACCAUGUUCAAAAAUGUUUUUGGCUCAGGGUUUCUGGUUAGAACAGCUCAUGUGAGUCUGACAUGGGUCAUAACGUUAAUACUCUUCCUACAUGACACAGAGCUGAGGAAGCAGGAGGAGACAGGCCAACUCGUACAGCCUGUGCUCUUCGUCUUGCUGGUGCUGGUGUCUGUGCUGCUCUACUUUGCAGUCUCUCUGAUGGACCCAGGCUUCAUCCUGUCUGAUGACAGCUAUUUGCAGUUUACACUGGGAGUGACUGAGGAGCAGCAGGACAUGAUCCUACCCACCACCAAAUCCUUGCGACAGCGACGCUGUGGCCACUGUCUGCUUCAGCAGCAGCCAAUGAGAUCAAAGCACUGCCAGACAUGUCAGCACUGUGUCCGGCGUUACGACCAUCACUGCCCGUGGAUUGAGAACUGUGUUGGUGAGAGGAACCACCGCUGGUUUGUACUCUACCUGGCUGUCCAGCUGCUAGUACUACUAUGGGGGCUGCACAUCGCCUGGACAGGUUUCAGCUACGCACCCACCUGGCAGCUGUGGCUGCGUACCAACGGUGUGCUGCUAGCCGUGGCUGUGCUGGUGGCCCUACUCUCGCUCAUCAUGUUGCUCCUGCUCAGCUCCCACCUCUACCUAGUAUCUCUCAACACCACCACAUGGGAGUUUAUGUCGCGGCACCGCAUAUCCUACCUCAAACACUGCGGCGCAGAUGAAAACCCCUUUGACCGUGGAACAUUUCACAACCUUUGGGGUUUCUUCUGCGUAUGGGGCACAGUGGUGUGGGAGCAGGUGUACUUCAGGGAGGGCAGCGACCAAGUUUAGGAAUGCACAGAUUUCUGUUUUUGGGAUCACACAGUUGACCACAUUGUUAGAGGAUGAACUCUAGGUAAACUGCAUAGUUUACCUACAAGGCACCUGUGCCAUUACUCUGCAGCAUUCCCCUAAUUCUUUUCCUCUCAAUGGAUUGCUUGCUUGUGUGCUUACUGUGUUGUUGCAAUCCGCAUUUCCCAUUUUUUCCUUGUCUUUGCAUGUUAUGGAUGUCAACAGAUUCAUUAGUGUUUUCUUCCCUUCAGAGUAAGGUUCCUGCUCCUAGUAACAGGUAACCAGCACAACAGCAUUUCUUUAUUCAUACAAUAACGACAUUGUAAAAUAUAAAUUUUCCCUUGAAACAGGAAUCAUCCACAUUGUCUGCAGCCAUUUUUACUGCACAGUCUUAUAGUGAAGUCAGUCGUGAAGCCCUGUUGACUCAUGCUUGGUCUUUGUUUACGCAGCCACGUCCCACCCACACUCCUGCCUCCUCCACUGAAUCCUUUAUGUGAGUAAAGAAAUAUUUGUUUUUGAUGCAUGUGUAGACAAUCAGGUCUGUGGUGGGUAUUGUUUCUUUGUUCCCUCACUGGAGUUGCAUCCUAAUUUUAGUUUUCAGUAUCGCGAGUUCAUUCUGUUCUAGUUACCUGUGGUAAAUUAUUUAUUCUGCACAGAGGUUUUACAGGGUGCACUUUUUGUCUCAAAAGUAGGAUAGCCUGAGAGAUCUUUGGGAAUUUUAACUGUGUAGUUCCAAGUAUUUUAUUCAACCCUGAUGUGCAGGGCAUGUUGACUUUAAAUGGAUGGCAUCUCAAGCUAUUUUAUAUUGUUUAUAGUAUUUUUUUUUAACUAUUGAACUAUUUGAACCAGAACAUUUCUUUAGACUUUUGUACGACUGUUUUAACAGAGUGACAGGAAGAAUACUGUGGAAACAUUAGCUUAGACUUAAAGCCCUUGGAGUGUAAUGCUUCAUUUAGUAAUUCUGUUUGAGCUUUUCCUGGUGCAAUAGUAACCUUGUAAGAGAGCAAUAAAUGUGGUGUUGAAUUUAAUGUACAACAGCUGUGUUGGACAAAAUGCAGACUGCCUUCAAUCAUUGUCAGUGAGCGCUCUGGUUCAUACAAAGUACCAUUUAAUCAACUUGUGUACUGAUCAUAUUAUAUGCAAUAUUUUUUACUACUUUGAAAAUACUGUAUUAAAAAUGAAUAAAUGUUUCAUGAAAAA